UUUCGCAAUUUUUUUUAUCUAUAGUCAAUAGAUAAAUAAUUGAAGAUGACCAAUAAAGUUCCAUGCCUUUUUUAGAUUUUUUCAAAAAUAACAGUAAAUUAACUAACCUCAACGAUUUUUUUUUUCAACUCACAUCCUAGAGACCUAGUUAAACCCUGUACCUGAUACAGAAACUACCGGGCGUAAUUGAACCCAUUCUCCGACCUAACAACCAUAUAUACAAACGCAAUUGACACCAGAUUUAUGUUCGGAAAGUCCCGCAAGUCCGCAAAAUUCAUCCAUAUGAAGAUGUCGGCACCAUGCAGCGUCUCCUCGCUGGCCGUUACCACCGUUAUAAUUGUAGCCUCCCUCUCGUUACACGGGGUAAAGGGCCUACGGGUGGAUGUGCUGCAACGGGCCAGUCAUUGCAGCAAGACUUCAUCAACGGGUGACAGGCUGCGGGUUCACUACACCGGCAGCCUCACCAACGGCACCAUCUUCGACACCAGUUUACCUCGCGGCGAACCCUUCGAGUUCAGGCUGGGGGCUGGGGAAGUGAUCCCUGGCUGGGACCAGGGCUUGUUGGGGAUGUGUGCUGGGGAGAGACGCAGGCUGCUGGUGCCUCCCCACCUGGCGUACGGGGACCGGGGGGCUGGGGGAGUCAUUCCUCCAGGAGCGACGCUCGUGUUCGAUGUUGAACUCGUUGAGAUUCCCGAAGCAAAUCAACAGUUCCAACAGCAGUUGUUCCAACAACAGCAACAGACAAACAAGCAGGACUUUGAUACGCAACAGCUGCAGCAACCCUUGCAGCAACCUAUUGAACUGCAGCUACAGCAGCAGCAACAGCAACUGCUCCAAUUGCUGCAACAAACACAAAACCUGCAGCAGCAAACACUGCAGCCUCAGCAUCUGCAGCAACCACAGCAUUCUCCUCAGCACUUGCAGCAGCAAAAUGUUGAUGCGAAUUCCGUUCUUCCACAGACCCUACAGACCCAGACCCUGGUGCGCCCCCCCACCUGCUCCCCCACCGCCACCGUGGGGGACACGCUCACCGUGCACUACGCGGGGUACUUCACCUCCACCCGCAAGUUCGACUCCAGUUUGGACCGCAACGAAGCGUUCACGUUCCGGCUGGGGAGCGGGGAGGUGAUCCCGGGGUGGGAGGAGGGGGUGGUGGGGAUGUGUGUGGGGGAGAGGAGGAGGAUGGUCGUGCCCCCCCACCUGGCCUACGGGGAGCGGGGGGCGGGGGGUGUCAUCCCGCCCAAUGCAACACUCAUCUUUGACGUGCAGCUGCUGCAGAUCAGCUGA